AUGUCUAUUUAUAAAACCUUUUCACAAAGUCUGAAAAUCAGCCCACAAACUUCUCCAGAGAAUCCAGUUUUACACCGAAAUCACUCUCCAUUUAAUUUUCAUAUCAGUCCAUCAGCUAUUACCCUCCCAAAACAUAAGAAAAACGUGCUCUCUACAACUUCUCCUUAUGAAGCUCCGCUUUUAAUAAAGAAAAACCAUCCAAAAAUCCAUAAAAAAAUUAAUUCAGAGUUCAGUAAAAGUUUCACUUUAUCUAAACUCAGCAAUUCUAACCAUUCCUUAAAUACAAGCACUAUUAUACAUUUUUUAAUUAUUUUUGCCUAUUUUUAUAACUCUAUACCCUUUAUUUUCAUAUAAAAAUUAGGUGCCAAGCCUGUAUAGCCUAAUUAUUAUAAAUAUUUAAACGAUAUACUCCAGAUCUUUAUUUUAAUCAACGAGGAGACACGACAGACUCAACUUUAUCCUCAAUAGACAAAAACAGAGAAAUUUCAUCAUUAGAAUGCAGACUGAUAGAAAAAAUCAAAAAUAAUAGCCCGAUCUCACAUGGGAAAUUUAAAGUAUACCAGGAAAUAUGAAAUGAGUUAUUGAUGUUUUCUAAUCCAUUAACUAAAAUUUUAGUCAAUAUAAAAAAAGGAUAUGAGGAGUGAAUUGAAUACCAGGCUAAAGAAUUGCAAAAUAAAGCUGAAUUAGCUAGCCAAUUAGAGCAAGAAAGGAUUUCUGUUAAGCUUUUUAGCAAAAGAUUUAUAGCAAUUGCCCGAGGAUGGCACUAUCUCGCGCCAUCCUCGGGCAAUUUAAAAAAAUGGCCCCACAUCGGGAAUUGAACCCACGUGUGGGGCCAUUUUUGGUAUUUGGAGAACAUCGACUUCCACGCACCAAAAAUGGCCCGACACGUGGGUUCAAUUCCCGUGUGGGGCCAUUUUUGAAUUGCCCGAGGAUGGCGCCAGAUAGCGCCAUCCUCGGGCAAUUACUAUAAAAAGCUUGCGAGGGAAAAUUUAUUGCUUAUGAAGGAAAGUGAAUUAAUAAUAUUAAAGGUGGAGUCUGUUUUAUAAUAAAAUGAGAGACUGAAUAAAUAAGAAAAAUAUUUUAUUUCUAUCUAUAAGAAUAGAGUUAACUACAGCAUUAAAAGACAAAGAUAUCACAAUAGGGGAAUUAAGUGAGCAUAUCAAAAUGCUAUUGAAAAAUAAUAAAAAAAUAAAAAUCAAAGCAAGAAAAGAUAUAUAGUUAAGUGCACUAUUUAGGGAUUGGGUUCAACACGUGGAGAAAUCUUUUAGGUGUUGGACCAAAAUCCGAUGUGGAGCAAUUCUGAUCGUAAUUCUGCAUGCGGAUUUUGGUUCCACAUGUGGAAUGAUUUCUCAACGUGUAGAACCUAAGCCUUAAAUAGUGCAAUGAACUAUAGAAAAUUUAAAUAAGCAGCUGCAAAGUGAUAGAGAAGAAAUAAACAAAAAUAAACAAAAAAUCAUAGAAUUAACUGAGAAUUUACAAUAUUAUAAGAAUUUAUUGAGGAAUAAGAGAACUAGCAGCAUUGUUUUAGACGAGCCUACAGAUAAUGAUAUCUCUAGAAAAUCAUCGAAUCAGUCCAUGAAUUCUUCGAGCGCUGAUGCUAUGCAUAGACCUCUCACAAUAAGUCUUUCUUUAGAAACACUCAAUGAAAGUGAUAAAGGAGGCUCAGAUUUAGUAUAUAGCCCUUCGGCCGAUCGCAGUCCUUGCUUUAAAGAAUCUGAUACUCGAAUUUCAGAUGAAACUCCAUUUCGUGAUCUAAAUUCAGCUGAAACCCCAUUUCAUGACUCAAAUUCCUCAACCCCCUUUAAAUUUAAUUUAUAAUUGUUAGAAUUUCUCGUUAAUUUUCUUAAAUUUUAAGGUAGCUUUGGUUCUAAAGAUAAAUUUUAUAAAAUAUUAAAAAAAAAAUAAUCGCUUUAAUUUCAAGCAAAAAUAUUGCUCGUUUUAAAACAUGGGGAGUCAGAAAAUUGCCCAUUCCCGAUAGCCAAGAAAUAA